GAUCUUGAAUUGGAGCAUGAGGGAGCAGCUGCAGGAUCCACCUCACAGCCAGUUAGGCGAAACAUUUCUUUAAAACUGAAAGCAAAGAGCAAGUCAGCAAGCUCAUUGUCAUCUGGGAAAAGCAAGAAAAAGGAAGGAAAAAGUGGAGAAAAGUCAAGGACAGGAUCUGAAGGUAAAGAAGUCAAUUUUCUUCAACGCUGUACAAUGUAUGUCCAGUUUUAAGCCAUGCUGUCAUGUUGUUUCCUUAGAAUAAAAAUAAGCAACAUUGACAAGUUUUUCAUUAUUUUUACUGUGAAUGUUUGUUUAUUCAAAACAGACAAUCAGUAUUACAGUGGAACCUCGAUAUAAUGAAACUCUGUACAACGAAGUCCGGUAUAACAAACGAUUUUCUUUACCCCAGUCAUAGUAAGAUAUGAAAAAGAACCUCGAUAUAAUGAAACCUCGUCGAUAUGGCAAACACAUUUUGCCAGUCGCCUAGCCCUUCGUUAAAUCGAGGUUCCACUGUGCAGAUGUUUCUAGAACCUUCUGGAAAAACCUAAUUGGAAAAACAGGUUUUUCAAGAAUGGUCUUUUUGUUGUUACAUCUUACCUGUUUUCACCCUUUUGUCACUAACUAGUCUGUCAGAGAGUUCUCUUGUAUUUUGGCUCAUAAAUAAAUUUCAAUUUGUCUUUGAAAACGUCCAAGGCUCUGGUAAAUUUAUUAAGUUGAAUGCCAACAAGGGUGUCCUGUGAUUAGCUAGUAUCCCAUCCAGAGAGGUUAGCCAUACUCCUACGGUGUAAAUGCUUCAUGCUACAGAAAUUAGGUUAUGCUCUGGCUGUUUGGGCGUCAAGAUGUAGGUCUGCCUCUACCUGCUUUUGCACCGAGUUACACUGCUCUUUUGGAUGUUAAUUCUUGCCUUCAGUUGUACUGUUAUUUAUUGUGUACUGUAAGUGUCAAAAUUCUAUCCUCAUGGUAAAAGUUCUUAUAUUUUUUAAAAGAAUUUGUCAUUCAUGUGUACCAGCUGCCAUACAACCAUGAUUUUUUGUAAUGAAAUAGAAAAAGAGUUGUGUGUUUCUUUACACAAAUCCUGGUCAAAAUUAUUUGUUUAUAUAAUUUUGCCUGGAUUUGUGUCAAAGUUUUUCAGGUAGAGGCCAUAGAGUAUAGUUAGGUUGUAAUGACAGGUUGUUCAGUCUUCAGAUGAUAAGAUUUAAGUAAAACCACGUAAACUCAAACGUAAGUUCAAGUUCAAGUUCACUUAGUCACAUUUAUUCAAUUACCAUACAACAACAAAUAAGAAAAAAAAGAAGUAAAACAGAGCUAACUAUACAUUGAAUUAAACAUAACAAAGGAAAAAAAGUGUGUUGCAGCCAAAGGACCCAAGCUUUCGAGUUGGCUUCUACCACAGAGCGGUUACAUCUUGCUCAGUGCCAUUUUGUUGUAAAAUUCCUCUUAGUUGCAAGAAGCCCUGGAUAGUUAUUUUAUGCUUAGGUGUUUGUCAUAUCUAUUAGGUGAUAAGGAAAGUAAAAGGAAAGAGAAAUCCCCUGGAACAGCUGCCACAGCUCAAGUGGUUGUUAUAAGAGAACUCAAGUGGGAUCAUCAAGUAUGUACUAUUAAUUUUUAUGAUUUCUGCUCAUUUAGUUCCAGUCACUCAGCCCCUAUUUGAAAGUCGUUUACCGUAAACGACCUAAUAAACGUCUACUUCUAAUUAAAGCACCCUCAAUGCUGUUAAAAUUUUAUUAGAUGCCCUCUGUAAUAAACGCCCCUGUCUAAUAGUUAGACGGCUCCCCAUAAGAAUUACUCCAAAACACUAGGAAUUAGCAAAAGGAGCAAAAUCAUUCAAUUCAUUCAGUUUCUUGCUUGAUUAGCAAGGGUAAAUGUGUAUUUCAUCUUGUUCAAUGUCAAGUUAAAAGUGCGGAUAGACUAACGAUGCCAACACAAUAACAAUGAACAAGCAUUCUAACAUCAAUGUUGGGAUUUGAAAAAGAGCGAUAAUAUAGAUCUCUAGACGGCCUAGACGUAUCAAUUGAUAGAGUGGAUAUUCCGCUAUUUUUAAACUCUCUUGAUAUUUUUGCUGAAAGCAUGUUAGGUUUGUUGAGCUUGUUACAGUUAUGAGAAUAAACCCUUCUCUCUUUUAAACGCCUCCUUUCUAUUAAAGACCCCAACCUUGGACCCCUAGAAUUAACUAGACACCCUGGGUGUUUAUUAGGUCAUUUACAAUAACCCCCCCAAAUUAAAGUGCCUAUCACCCGUAUUCAGUUAUAUUAAAUUUCGAACAUUUAUGUAGUUUAAAGAAUUUUUGCAAAGAAAUAAAAGUUAUUUUGCGUUUCAACACACUUUUAUCGAAGGACAAAAUUGGCAAUUUGAGGCUAAUUUCUUGUCAUAUUUAUUCAAAAAAGAGUGAUUGAGAGACUGGGCACUAAAUGCUUGUGAUGUCAACCGGGUAUCUUGUAGCCAAUCAUGUUAUUGCUGAGGUACCGGGUUGACGUCACAGACUACGCGACCCAGUCCCCAAUAAGGCACAUUUUUUACUUCGUGAACCGGGAUUUUGAUUGCUUGUUAAAAAUCAAGAUUGAGCUCAAAUCCCAUUCUAUUGCUUGUUUUUGCAUGUUAUAUGUUUCUACUUCUUAAAAAGAAAGAUAUUGGCUAUGGGUUAUAGGCACUUUAAGUCAUUAUUUUUUUCAUCUUAAAGAUUUUAGCCCCGUACUUGUAGAUGAGAUAACUUUGGCUCUAACGUUUCUGUUAUCAUAUCAGUUUUGUCAUUCAAACAAGACAUUUACUGUUAGGUUUCAAAAUAGUAAAGCUUAUCCUCCUGUCUUCCUCACAGAUUUUGCCAAUUGGGCAAAAAGUGCAAGAUCCACUUCUCCACCUUUGUGAAAAGGGCUCUCUCCCUAUCCUUGUUUGUGGCUACUGGUAUGUAUAACAAGUAUUUACAAGUAUGUACUCCUUUACCAGGGUGCAAAGAAAGUCGUGUCUGAUAGCCCGGGACUAGUGGAUUUUGUUAUCAGGCUAGUGAAUUCUGUUCUCAAUUUACCCUAUUGGCAAAUGGAUUUUUUUUAGGAAAUUCACAUUACAGGAAAACUGUAAUCAAUCCUGCUCAUGAAAAUUUUUUUCGGGUUAAUUAAAAUGGCUCUUGGGCUGGUACAAUGUACAUGCUAGUUGCAGCUUGCACGUAUGGCAAGCAAUGCAAAACUGACUUUCUUUGCACCCUGUUUACUCCACGAGUUAAUGACAUAAUCUCGUGAUGUAUGAAUGCACUGAGGCUCUUGUUUGUUAGUCUGUGGAUGAAAGUCUUGGUGUUAUCUUCUAAAUUCUCUUUGAUGGAACCUCUGCAAGAUUUUUUUUUUAAUAAUAAUAUUUUUCUGGAGCUCUCAGUUUUUCAUUUUUAUAACUCCAGUGUUAUUCUGCUGGUGUAUCUCCUAUGGUAUCUUGUGAUCAGUACUUGAACUGUUGUAACAAAAUUGUUGUAGAAUUUAGUGGUAUCCAGAUCAUUGAUUAUAGUGGAUAACUGAUAAAAAAACCUCCAGUAACUGGAUAUUGACGAGGCCUUAUACACCUACUGGUGCGAUGAGACAUGAUGAUGAUGAUGAACUGGAUAUUGAUCGUGGAAAAUGUUCACAUGAAUAUCCACCCAAAAUAAAAAUAAAAUUUAUAGUUGACAAAUCAUGUCUUUUAGAAUAUUAAAACCUGGGCGCUGUAUUUUUAAUGUCUCAUACAGUGAUGCAGCUUUAAUGCAUUGAUGACCCUUUUCUGAUACCUUUCAUACACGUAUGUUUUUGUCAUGUUCCUGGAAAUAAUGUGCAUCAAUGGCCCUGCUUAACUCUCUUUAGGUUUGUAAGGGUAAGUUUGUUCACAUUCAAUUGUACACAUUGUGUUAAGAUGGGUAAAAGAAACAUGUAGGUAAUUAUGAUUUAAAACGAGCAUUAAGUCCAAUUGUAAGUACAGCCCAAAAAUCUGGGUGUAUAGAAAAACACUUUCUACAUGACUGUCUUGUUCAUGUACCCUUCAAAAUUAAUAAUUUAUGCCUUCCUUGUCUUUAUUUCAGAGUCCAUGCAAACACUCUCUCUGUUUAACAUGCGCAGAAAAGGGAAAUGGAAAAUGCCCAAGGUACAAGUAGAUUUAAAAUAGAUUUCAUCAUUUUUGUUACCUCAGUGCAACUUGGUCUGCCAAAAAAUAAUGUUUACACUGGGCUGUACAUUCAAUGCUAUGUCACUAGAAACGUGGUUGCUUUUGUUUGUACGUAAUUUUUACUACAACUUGUUUAAUCAAGACCAGGCACUUUGGAGUUCUCAAAAACUCGUUUGAUUGGGUUUUUGAGGUCCAGAACCAAGUACAUGCAAUGUUACGCCAAGUGUGGAUGACCUUGGUUGUUCAUGUUAUUUUGACUUUAACUUGCUUAAGCACAAGGCACUUCAGAGUUCUUAAAAACGUGUUCCAAAGGGUUUGUAAGUUCUAGAACUAAUAUUACUUUCAAUGCUAUGCCACUAGAAGUGUGGUUGACUUUGGUUGUUCGUGUAAUUUUGACUAAACUUGCUUAAUAAUCACAAGGCACUUUGGAGUUCUUUUAAACUUGUUCCAAAGGGUUUGCGAGUUCUAGAACCAAUAAUAACUGGAAUUUGGAAGUGUAAGAUCGUUACCAGGACUUGAAUUUUGGCCACAUGACAAAAAAAAAUCUCAAAAUUCAAAUGAUGAAAAAGAGACGAAAAUCAAAGUUUUGAUUGACGUACUGACGAGCCAUGCACCUAAGUUGCUGAAAGUUGCCUUUCAUGGUCCCAGAGUUGUUGAUACCAAGAUCCAGCCUAUAAGUACGUGCAGUCUCCCACCUCCCUGUUUUUGUCUUGUCACACAACGCUCCUCCCUCCUCUCCUUUCCCCUCCCUUUUGUGGGGAGUAGUGUUGCGUGACGUGACAAAAACGGUUGCUUGAGAGACUAGUUUACAAUAUAUAACGGGAAUAAUAUCCAAAAUGGCAAUAUUUCGAAAAAUUGCCCUUCAUCAGGGUCUCUGAAGUCAUGUAAAUUUUACUUUAGGUGUGGGGAAAGUGUUCAGAGGAUUGAGUGAGCAGCGCUGGGCAGUGUGUAUGUAUACCCCCUUGUAUAGCAAUUCCAAAUAAUCAAAAAUGAUGAUUUUUCCCUGUCUUGUUAUGCAAUGUCUUUAGGUCUCAUUAUGUUUGGAGGGAAGUUUUUGACAAGUUUUUUCCCAGAAGCUGGGGUUCAAGAACGAAUGAAAGAACAUGGGAAAGAUCCAUUGUGGAAAAUCAAGUAUGAACAACAUUUU